UAUACAUCCUUUCCUCUGCGUCCCUCCCAAAGUCCCGCCCAGCUUCUUUCUCGCAGUCCACCUUCUAUCCACCCAAACAGAGUCAGACGGCAUGAAGCUCCGGCCAUGGCUCACCGCCACCUGUUCGUCCGCCGACUGCACUGCCGCUGUCGACUCCACCGUCCCCUUUACUCCCCCAUCCUCUUCCAACCAAAGAACCUCCUCCGAUACGGCCAGCACCUCCACCUCGAUGUCAUCCUCGCCCGGGACCACCACCACCGCAAGCAGCAGCAGCAUCCAGUCCAGCCUGUCCCUCCAGACCCUGCCAUCCGUCCCUUCCCUCCAGAGCCUCACCCUAUCUCCCGAGUCCCUCCAGCUCUCCGUAUCGCAUUGCUCCCUCACCUCCCUCCACCUUCGCGGGCCCCACCCGAUUACCUGCCUCGCCACUGACGGUCAUCUCCUCUACGCCGCCUCCUCCCACAUCGUCGAUGUCUACGAUGCAGUCACUCUCGCCCACCUUGAGUCGUUCAACGCUGGCGGCCCUUCCUCCGGCUCGGUCAAGUCGGUCGGCUUCUCUAACGGCAAGGUAUUCACCGCCCACCAGGACUCAAAGAUCCGAGUCUGGCGACUGACGGAGAGUAAGCAGCACAGGUUGGUCACCGCUCUUCCCACCGUCAACGACCGGGUUCGCCGCUGCAUCCUCCCUAAGAACUACAUCACCGUGCGCCGCCAUAAGAAGCUGCUGUGGAUCGAGCACGCUGAUGCAGUAACUGGCCUCGCGGUCCAUGAAGGCCUGGUCUACUCAAUUUCCUGGGAUAAGUCCCUCAAGAUAUGGAGUGGGCCGAACCUACGCUGCGUGGAGUCUGUCAGGGCGCACCAUGAUGCCGUCAACGCAGUUGCUGUCGCCGGUGACGGGACUGUCUACACCGGAUCGGCCGACCGGAAUAUCCGGGUGUGGGCCAAGCCGCCAGGGGAGAAGCAGCACGGGCUGGUGGCAACUCUGGAGAAGCACAGGUCAGCGGUUAAUGCCCUUGCCCUCAGCUCGGAUGGUUCGGUUCUGUUCUCCGGCUCGUGCGACCGGUCCAUACUGGUCUGGGAGAGAGAGGACAGCGCCAAUCACAUGGUUGUUACUGGAGCCCUGAGGGGCCACGAUAAGGCCAUCCUGUGCCUCAUCAACGUCUCUGAUUUGCUGCUCAGCGGGUCGGCUGAUCGGACGGUCAGGAUCUGGCGGCGGGGCGCUGAUGGGAGGUUCUGCUGCCUGGCCAUUCUAGAGGGUCACCGGAAGCCGGUGAAGUCGCUAGUGGCAGUUUCCGAUGGGAAAGGGCCCAUUCAUGUGUUCGGUGGAAGCCUUGAUGGAGAGAUCAAGGUGUGGCAGGUCUCAAGUUCGAAUCUCGGCAGCCCAUCGAAGUGGGAUUGUAUUUAGAAUAUCGAAAUCAUCAAAUUAUAAAGUACAAACGAGAAAAUUAAAUGGUUGGAUAAAUUUAUUUGGGUGAUUAUAUGACGAUGAUUUUAGGCACCUUUGCCUUUUUCUUUUUGUUUAUUUAUUUAUAUGUAUUUAAUUAAAAUUUAUUGAUACUUGCAGUCUAGUGGUAAUUUAAUAGAGUGAGUGCGAAUAUAUUUAUAAUU